GGAUGCUGAAAUUAUAUAUGGUAAAGUUUUGUUGCAAAAAAAACCUAGAAAACGAAGAAAAACUAUAAGCACAGCAGAUUCUACUUCUACGUACCCAAAUGAAGAAAUCUCCUUGAGAGAAUUAAAUAGGACUAAAAAACUUAUGGUUACUGCAGACUAUGAUGGAUUUAUGCAGUCACAAGCAAGUUCAGAAGGAGAUGUACUCAGUACGUUUAGUCAAAGUGUAUAUAGCGCACACUCUAGUAUAAAACAAUUUGAUGAAAAUACAAGGAUACAAUUCAAUUUUUCUGCUAAAGAGGAAAUGAACAGAAUAAAAAAUAUGGCAAAAAAAUUACCACGAUAUAAACGCAGCAAAUAUAACCACAGUCAUGUGACGACUAGAUAUAAAACAGGACCAGACUUGAUUACACCUACGAAACUAUGGGCAAUCUUAUAUCUGGCUUUAAGGAUUCAUAAUCAAGAUAUACAUUUAGGUGAUAUGAUAAGAUAUGGAAGAGAAGGAAAUUUAUCUUAUUACAGACUAGAUCGCUUGAUACCUACUGAAGUGUCUUUAACAAGAAGCGAUAUGAAUUUCUUAUCAAGAGCCAUGACUAUAACGCACAAAAGUAUGAGAAGAAUUAUUGGACAAAUGGCAAAAUUUCUUGGAGUCACGAAAAUAAUUUGUCCAGAUCUUUUAUCUCUCGUUAAUCGAUAUUGCACUGAAUUAGCUCUACCAAAAGACAUAUUAUUAAACGCGGAAAGAUUGACGAGUUUAUCUCCGCCAAAAAUGACGUUUGACAAAAAAACCUCUAUUCCUAAUUACGAAGGUCGUGCCAUGGCAUUUAUUAUUGUAGUGUUGAAAACAUUAUUGAGUUUAGAUGGGAUUACAGAAAAUGAAAUUAGUAAUGUUGUAAACAAGAUUAAUAGAUAUAAAUUAAGAAUGAACAACUUACACCACAAAAAAUUGGAAUGGCUAGUUCAGAGAAAUGAAGUACAUAAUAUCAAAAAAAUCAAACCAAUUAGAUAUCAGUCUAUAAAAUCAUUGAAGAAUGACUUUAUUGAGAUUUUCUUAGACUCGAAUAACUUCAAGGACAAGACGAGGAUCCCCAUAUCAAAGACAAACAAGAAGUGGUUUAUGAAUCUAUCUUGAAGACACAUCUCUGAAACAGUCUCGAAUCUAUUACAAUUGGGUAGUAAUUUUUGCCUUCCUCCUCGAUUCAGUAAAAAAAGUACCGUCCACGAGGUCAUAAAAGAUAUGGAAAAUUUUAACAAAUACAUGGACCUAGAAACAAUAACUAGAAUGAGAAAUGCGGUCAUUCCACAACUACACAUGUUUUUAACAAAAGAUCAUAUGGUUAACAACAUUGAUAACGAGCUUUCGAAACUACGUAAAACAACUUUUGAAUUUUACAAGGAGAAUCCUAAUGUUAUUUUCACGAGAGCGGACAAAGGUAACGUCACUGUCGCUCUGGAUAAACAGGAAUAUAUUACAAGGAUGGAAGAAAUUCUGCAAGAUGAAAACACACGGUGGUUAAAAAAGAUCCGAGUUGCAUAUUGGAGAGAAAUUUAAAUAAUAUGUUGAGGGAGUGGUUACGUAAAGGGUUUGUUCAGAGAGAAACCUAUUGGACGCUUCAUUCAAGUGACUCCAAUUUACUUAGAGCUUAUGGCCUUCUUAAAGUUCACAAACCGAACGCACUGUUAAGAAUUGUUUCUUCGGUGAACACUGCCCUAUACCCACUUGCGAAUUACAUACACAAAAUUAUUAAAGAAAGCCUACCGAUUUACAAUAGACACGCCAUGGAUAGUUUCAGAUUGUACGACGCCCUCUCGGGUAAAAACAUACCGUCAACACAUAUCUUAAUAUCGUUGGAUGCAACUUCAUUAUUUACAAAUAUAGUUCUAGAUCUUACGAUACAGAGCAUUAAAAAUAGGUGGACAUUUAUUGAAAAUGAUACCUCCAUUCCGUUAGACAAUUUUAUACAGGCCAUUAAUUUCAUUCUUUUUCACAUUUAACAACAAAAUUUAUAAGCAGACAUUUGGAACUCCGAUGGGCUCACCUCUGUCACCUAUUAUGGCUGAUCUAGUGUUGCAAGAUCUCGAGGACAAAGCGCUAAAAGCGUUGAAAUUCGAAAUUCCGAUUUAUUAUAGAUAUGUAGAUGAUAUCCUAUUAUCUGUACCCCUGACAAAAACCACCGAAACUGUCAACAUAUGUUUAACAGCUUCCAUUUGAGACUUCAGUUCACUUUAGAACGUGAAAAAGACCGUUGUCUCAGCUUUUUGGACCUCUUGUUGAGAGUAAAGAACAACAAGAUCAUACUUGAUUGGUUCCACAAAGAUACGUUUUCGGGAAGAUAUUUGUCGUUUUUCUCGCAUCACCCUCGUUGUCACAAAAUAGGAACAAUCUAUAGUCUAAUAGAUAGAGCAAUUAUGUUGUCAGAUCCAUCUUUUUAGCAAAAAAAUCUAGAAUUCUGCAUCAAUAUAUUGCUGGACAACGGUUAUCCAUUAGAUCUUGUUUUUCAUGAAAUUAAUAACAGACUUAAGAAACAUUUCAAUAAUCAAGUGGAACUCACAGAUUCUCAAAAUAAUCAAGCUAAAACUGAAAGUCAGCGCAUAAAGAAAAAAUAUUUUGUGUUACCUUAUAUCAGGCACAUAUCUGAAACAGCCUCAUUUUUUGUCAAUAAAGAUUUGUUCAUGGCUUUCGUUGCCUCAACAAAUUAGACAUGUUUAUUAGGGUGCAGAAGGAUGUAACCAACAUAAAUCUAAGGAAUAAUAUUGUCUACAAAAUAUGCUGUAAAAAUUGUAACGCGUCGUAUGUAGGACAGACAAAGAGACAUUUUAAGUACCAAAAUUAAAGAACAUGCGAAUAAUUUUAAGUUGGAAUCGUCGAGACACUCCGUGGUAACAGAACACAUGCUAAAAAACAACCACGUGUUUGAUUGGAAUAAUGUCAAGAUAUUAGAUUCUGAAUCAAGAUACCAAAAAAGGUUAAGGCGAUGCUGAAGGGUCUGUUUUACCGAUUAAGCGUAAUUAUUGUUUUACACAAUUAUCUUUUUAUUGAUUGCACAGAAUUAAAAAUUCUUUUCCAGAAUUAAAGUAUAGACAAUAACGCACUCCGAUUGCUACAAUUUCAUAUGAAAAACGAAAAAAGUUAGAAAAUUACAGUUUAGUUAUCGACUCCUCCAGUCGACUCGUGAAAACAUUUGCUGCGUAUAAAUGUUUUAGACUUUGUACGUAUAAGACACGUAGAUAUUGGAAUUGGCAUUACAAGAAAAAACAAGGCAGUGUUUUCAGGCGUUCAGAAACGAGCUAGGUGCUUUAUUAUAAGAGAAAAGUGUUUAACAAAAUCUCCUUGUAUGUGUGCGUGCGGAAGCGGUGUGAAGAGUGAGACAGAGCACUAAUUUAGUUGCUGAAUAUCACGGUAGGCGGUGCUGUAAUCGAAUGUGCAGUGAAGCGCAUCACUGGCUCAUAGGAUAACUUAUCAGGCUAAUUUUCAGGCUUUCUAAUUUUUUUUUGUUUUUUAUAUGAAAUUAUUGCAAGCGGAUUGCGUUAUUGUCUAUACUUUAAUUCUGGAAAAGGAUUUUUAAUUCUGUGUAGUCAAUAAAAAGAUUUUUGAAAAUUAAAUCGCACUAUUAUUAGGACUCUCUGGUACGAUACUCUCUCUUACACUAAAGCUUCUAACACAUUUCUAAAAACAUUGUUCCGGAAAUAUUAUUUCUUGUAAUUCCGAUGGUACUGGAUGCUUAUUUUAUAUAUACAUAUAAAGUUUCAACUUAUUUGCAGCAAAUGUUGUCACGAGUCGACCGCAGAAGUCGAUAACAAUUAUAAUUUGCUAAUUUUUUUUUUGUUUUUUAUAGAAAAUUGUUGCCUGUGUAUUUCGCUAUUGUAUAAUUUUGUUAUUGUUUAUUGUUUAAUUCUGGAAAAGGUUUAUAUUUCUGUGUAGUCAGUAAAAAGAUUUUUGCUAGGAAUCUAUAUGCUAAAAUAAAUAAUAAGUCAAUGAAGUAAAUUAUGGCCUACGGUUUACAUCAGAUCUUGGUGAUGAUUAUAAUUUGUCUAUAUUAAAUUAAAUUUCUUGGCUUUAUUUUAAUCCGCGCGUUUCGAAAGGUUUCGUCAGACUUGAAACGCAGCUACUAAGCUAAAUAUUGAUGCUCGAGAGCAUCUUAAAAUUCCCCCUUCCCCCUUCCCCAAAAAACUGUAAAUUAAUUUAUUGCGAAAAAUAAUACCUCAGCCGGGGUUCGAACUCGGAUCUCCUAUCAUUCCGUGCGGACAUUCUAGUCAAUUCGACCACUGAGGCAUAUUAUUUUUCGCAAUAAAUUAAUUUACCAUUUUUCUGGGAAAGGCAGAGGGGGGAUUUUAAGAUGCUCUCGGAGCACCGAGUCGGCCGCGUUCAUGCCUCGAGUCUCGGGCCGGCUCGGCCGUUCUCGCCGCGUCUGCCGCUACUCGGAUAUUAGAAAGAGAGAGACAUUGUUCGCGACUCUGCGACGAGAUCGCUGGAUGCCCCUGAAGAUGGAAUGCAGGGUGAGAGGACGUUCGUGGAAAGGGUUUUGAUAAAGUGCACAAUGCUUAAGUAUCACGUGGACGUCGAAAUGUCCGAAUCGUAUCGUUUAUUUACAGAUCGCAACUUAUAUAUAUAUCACACGCGUUUUCUGGUUGUUGAGCACACUACGGAGAUGGUCUAGAGUUGAGAUAGAAUGUCCACUAACUCGAUAAGAAUUGUAUUAAUUAUUACCGGUGAGGAUGAUGAUGCCCAGUGAGCCGGUGUCACGCGGCGCUGGCGUGCGCGUGGCGUGACGAGCUUGAGUCUCUCGAUUGAUGCUGUACCAGAGAUUGUGGGUGAGUCUCUCUUAUGAGGGUGAUAAUGAGUCCUUCGUUGAGCACUUGUCUGAUGAGAAGUCUAUGAUUUCACGAGAUGAUUCGAUCACUAAACUGUAAGCACUAGUACCAUGAAAACAGAGCGAACUGCUGCCAUCGAGAGCACGUACCGAAGAGAGCUUUCUAGUGUUAUGCGCAGGUAGGCGCGCAUGCUAGUGCUCGGCGAUUUACGCGAGCGAUGAUCAAUAGCUGCUGCCAUCUGACGUGACGGCGCAAACUCACUACAUGCAGAAUCCCGAACAGACAUCUAUCUCUUUUUUUCCAAGGCUGAAAGCGUACGUUCAGCGGCCAGCACGUUGAUGCUUGACGAAAGGCACCUAUGCUCCCCUCCCCCCCCCCCACUCAUCCCCCGCUCAUCUCAAGCGUCGCGGUCGUCAAGCAGAUUAAUUAAUAUCAAUCAUCGAUAUUAUUAAUCAUAUUAUUUAUUAUUAUUUGUUAUUAAAUUUUUUAGUAUAAUGUUAUUGUCUUUUUAAAUUAUAAUAAAAUUAAUUUUAAUAAAAAAAUUAAUUAAAUAAUAAAAAUUUGUAAUAAUUUAUUAAAUACACAUAUAAAGAAGAGCUGAUUUAUUGAUGAGUUAGCAAAAGAUUAAUGAAAAAAAA